AUGAAGGUCGCCGUGGAAACUACCCACGCAAGACCCGUUUCCAUGAUAGAGACCCCACAGGGAUACUCUUCUGCACCGCAAACGAGGAAAAGGGUACAUAAAGAAGUCCGCUUCGGCGACUACGUAUUGGGUGCUACGUUGGGCGAGGGUGAGUUCGGUAAAGUCAAGUUGGGCUGGCGGAAAGACGGCUCCCACCCUUCCCAGGUGGCCGUCAAGCUCAUCCGUCGUGACACGUUGAUGAAAGACACCGAAUAUGAGACGAAAUUUAAAAGGGAAGUGAAUGCCUUGUACCAGCUUAGCCACCCAAACAUCGUGUCUCUCGUCGAGGUGAAGACCAGCGGUAGGUACUAUGGCCUUGUGCUUGAAUACGCCUCUGGAGGCGAAUUGUUCGACUACAUCUUGAAGCACAGGUGUCUCAAGGAGAGCACGGCGAAAAAACUUUUCGCUCAGCUAGUCAGUGGAGUCGACUAUAUGCAUUCAAAAGGAUUCGUUCAUCGGGAUCUUAAAUUGGAAAACUUGUUGCUAGACAACCAGAAAAACAUCAUCAUCACCGACUUCGGCUUCGUCAACAGCUUCAGCAGAGAGUGCGAAACGUUGAAGACAUCUUGCGGAUCCCCCUGUUAUGCGGCUCCAGAAUUGGUAUUGAGCAGUCAACGAUACAACGGUCGGAAAGUCGACAUUUGGUCCCUCGGCGUUAUCUUGUACGCCAUGCUUGCUGGGUACUUACCCUUUGACGACGAUGCAGAAAAUGAAGACGGUUCGGACAUUCACCGCUUGUACGCUUACAUUUCCAAAACUCCCCUCACAUUUCCCCCUAAUGUUACUCCUUUGGCGAGAGACUUGCUUAGAAAGAUCGUUGUACCUGAUCCUUCAAAACGAAUUUCUAUGAACGAGAUUCGCAACCAUCCUUGGCUAGCCACCUAUGCUAGCUUGCUUUCCAUCCGCCAACCAGAGUGGGACAGAUUGUAUGCCGAAAAGAAGGCCGUUCAGAAGCCAAUCUCCACUCAGACUAAGAACAAACGCCACUCAAUGUACGCGGAAGUGACAAGCUCGUCCGCCUUGAUUGGAGGUUCUGCGAAGGGUCAAGGAAGAUCGUACACAUCCAAUUCCAACUUGAUCUAUUCACCUUCAACAACGUCAUCAUCAUUAGCAACCAUUGUGGCCAAGACUAAUCCUAACGAUAGCUCGGUCUACUCAACCAAUGGAUCAGCUGGAUCAAGACGAAACCGUGCUGGUAGCCUCAGCACAAUGGAACAGCAUUCACCCGUUAAGCCCACUUUCCAGAGAGGUCACACCAAGUCUGCAUCUGCAUCUACAACCUACCCUACUGCUAGUCGUGCUCUCAGGGCUGCAGUAAGUGACAAUGAUUCAAAGAGAUCUUCGUUGGUCUUUGACGCUGAACAGAGUAUAGCAAGUCAAAAUAUUCCUGAAUUUCCUUCGCCUACCAGAGGUGUCACAUACAGUGGACCUAUUCCAACCAUUGCAGAAAACCCUGCUGCCAACCAAAAUUCGGACGCCAAAAAAUCUACUGAAACCCCAGGAGCAAAAGUGGUUCCAAGAUUACCACAUUCUGAGAAACCUCGACCCACUUCUUUCCAUCCGGGUCUGAUGACUUCCUUCUUGAUGGCGGGCAGCAAUGGAUCUGGUAACCUCAUCGACUACAUGAAGAUGGGGAUGCCAAAUUACAUGUCGAGCUCACCACCAAAGAGCACGAUGUCAGACUCUGUCGAGCUGAUACAGGGUAGCCCUGGGCUGACUCCUUCCAUAAAGCCACGCAACUCGAGACGUGACUCUGUUGUCACACCAAUCAAUGUCAAUGGUGUUUUGAGCAAAGAUUUAAACUCCCACGAGAACAAGCGCAAUUCUGUUCUCAGCUACCUUGAAGACAAAAUGGAUCAGCUAGACCUUAGUGAGCUGCCUACUAAAUCAAUGGCGUCAGAUAGUGCACCGAAAUUUCCCAGAUCGCUGAUUUCGAAGCUUGAUACUGAUCUCCCAAGCACGUUUACUACUCCUCAGCUUGAUCACCUGCCAACCUUUGCCAAUCCUACCGAGUCCCCUGUUUUUGUCGACACUGAAUCUCAGGACGGCUUUGACAUGAAAGCUCGCAGCAGCUCCACCCAAACAGAUACCACACGGGUCGAAGAAGAGUUACGCCAAAUCAAGGAAAGCGUGUGUGAUGACAGUGAAACGCUCAAAGAGCAGAAAGAUGCCCGUAAGAAAGACAUGGCUGGCUUGGAGAACACAAAAAAUUCUGAGCCAAAGAAUGUUAAAGAUGCCAAAAAGAGAAACCGAUUCAGUCUCGUCUCCUUGUACACGACAUUUAUUGAUUCUCAAACACCGCCGGUAAAUACUACUGAGCCCCGUGUCGACACUGGCCGCAAGGUACUCGAUCCUAUCAAUGACAACAGCGCCAAACGCCAUGAUAAUGUCAUAAAAGAGAAGCGCAUUGGGUCAGGUACCUCCGAGAAGUCAUCUCAAACGAAAAGAUCUUCCAUGAUUCAAACAAAUGGCUCAUCUGUUAAAGGCAAGGAAGCCACCGCAGCAAGAAAAGUGAUUAAUUUUUUCAAAAGGAAAAGUAUUCGUGUCGAUUGA